AUGAACUUAUAUGACCGGGCCAGAGAUAUUGUUUCCUCUCACACAGUUUUUAACUUUGACAACCCUACCCCUGCCUCUUCCCCGCCCCCGCCCCCGCCCCCGCUCCCGCCCUCCCGUACCCCACACGGCCAGAGCGAACCGCCCGUAAGUUCCCACCUUCCUCCCGAGUCCCGCCACAUGGAUUGUUCAGAGACAAUUCUCCCGCCAUCAUCUAUAUGCCGCUAA